CCUUGCUCUUACUUUCACUCCAUCAGUAUUUGCUUCCAGAAAGCCGUCUCUCAUUUACAAGCAAAGUACAAUGCCGGUCCAAGAUCGCACCAAUGAAUUUUUGGCCUGUGUAGAUUCGAUUAUUAGCAGAACCUCGAUUCCCUCUCGACGAGAUACAAAGCAAAAGCUGUUACAGAAUGGCAAAUCCGUCACCAAAUCCGAAUUCUCGCGUAUGGCGUCAGGAAUAGGGAAGGACAUAAGUAGUACGAACAUCAAGUUAGGCAAACUGUCACAACUCGCGAAGAGGAAAACGUUAUUUGAUGACAGACCAGUUGAAAUUAGCGAACUCACCUUUAUAAUCAAGCAAGACCUUGCUAGUCUCAAUAAGCAGAUAGCUACUCUCCAGGCGUACGUGAAACAGAAAAAGGCCCAGGGAGCGAAGUCGGAGGAUGGAAACCAGAUUAACGAACAUAACAAAAAUGUCGUAACCCUUUUGCAGAGCAAAUUGGCAGAUACAAGUGUAGCUUUCCAGGAAGUCUUAGAAGUACGCACUCAGAACAUGAAAGAAUCUAAAGAUAGAACAGAACAGUUCAUGUAUACUGCCUCCUCCGCCGCUUCUCAGCCUCCUACCAACUCUGUCCUGUUCAAUACUCGAGGCGAUCCCAUGGGUGAUGGUAGCCCAAGUCGAUAUGAUUCCAAGCGUCCUCAAAACGGAGAUAUGCUCGCUCUCAAUCUGGAGGCAGCAGAAGAAGGAUCUGGUUCGCAGAACGGAGGGGCUUUCUUGCAAAUGCAAAUGAUCGAACAACAGGAUUCUUAUAUACAAUCACGUUCGACUGCGAUAGAAUCUAUAGAGUCUACCAUUGCAGAACUUGGGCAAAUUUUCAUGCAAUUAGCCAAUAUGGUCGCUGAGCAAGGGGAGACUGUGCAGCGUAUAGACGCGGAUUCACAUGACAUUGCAGCCAAUGUCAGCGGUGCACAACGAGAGCUGCUGAAGUAUUACGCCAGUAUAUCAAGUAACAGGUGGCUUAUGCUAAAGAUAUUCGGGGUGCUCAUCGUUUGCUUCCUUGUAUUUAUUCUUGUUUCAUGAGCAGAUUCAUCAUGUUGCUGGAUCACUCAGUACUUCACUU